AUGGAGGUCGCAGAGGCCACGCGCAAGAAGGCGAACGCGGACUACGAGGAUGCCGUGCGAGAGAUGGACCAGGCCAUCGCUGCGCUGACCUCCGCGAUCGAGGUACUCAAAGAGGCCACCGAGGAUCACCAGACGGGCGUUCUGAUGGAGGUGGGGAGCGAGGCCCGCCAGCGCUUCAAGUCGCAGGCUGCAGAGGCCGAGGCCAUGAGCUACGCCGCGACGCUGGGCGACAAGUUCCUCUCGACGGGGGACGCCGUGUUCUUGCGGCGGCUGCUCACUGGCGAGGUGCCGACGGUGGAUUGGAAGAAACUGAACAGGAAGGCGACCUUCAGGAUGAGCUACAAGGCCCGCUCGGCCAAGAUCCAGGACGUCCUGGCCGGCCUGCUGGAGACCUUCACCAAGAACAGGGAGCAGGCCGCCGCCAAGGAGGCGGCAGCCACGGAGAGCCAUGCGGCGCUGAUGGCGUCGAAGGGGGCGCAGAGGGAGGCCGCACAGAUGAACCUCGCCAACAUGGACAAGGAGAACGGGGCCAAAUCCAUGUCGCGGGAAGAGGCUAUGUCGCGGGUCGAGGAUCUCGGGACACAGCACGCGAACGACGAGAAGUACAUCCAGCAGGUGGAAGCGCAGCUCGCGGAGAAGAAGGAGGAGUGGAGCGCCCGGUCCACCCUGCGCGCGGGGGAGAUCAAGGCCAUCAGCCAGGCCAUCGCCAUCCUUCACAGCGACGACGCAAAAGACAUUUUCAAGCGGUCCAUGACGUCGCAGGGGUACCUCUUCCUCCAGACCUCGCUGAGCUCGCUGGCCUCGCGGAGCGCGGCCGCGCGCGUCCUGCGGGCCGCGGCUGCCGGGGCCCACGACGCGCGCCUGGCGGAGCUGGCGGCAAAGGUCGAGCAGAUGCAGCCGAGGGGCGAGGAGAGCGCCUGGGUCGGCUUCGAGCCGGUUCUGACCGCGAUCGACAGUAUGCUCCAGAUGCUCCAGGAGGAGGAGGCCGACGACCGCUCGAAGAAGGAGAGCUGCGAGCAGGACCGCGCAGACGACACGCGCGGGGCGAUCAAGGCCUCGCGCGCCAUCGACGAGAUGACCGACGCCAUCUCGGCGAGCCAGGAUGCUAUCACCCAGCUUGACGCCGAGCUUGCGGAGACCGCCAAGCAGCUCGAACAGACGGAGAUGGAUAUGGAGGCCAUCAAGAAGCAGCGCAGUGAGGAGCAUGCCGCCUACCUGGCCGCCAAGAAGGACGACGAGGAUGCGGCAGCGAUGGUGGCUUCUGCCAAGGACGUGAUCCAUAAGUUCUAUCACGACAACGGGCUCAUGUUCACACAGGGAGCUCAGAACCGCUCGAAGGAGCCGGUCCGCGUGAGCGCCGGCAAGGCGCCGCCGCCACCGCCGAGGACCUGGGAGGCGCCGUACGGAGGCAAGCAGGCAGAGAGCACGGGCCUCGUGGCGAUCUUGGGCAUGAUCCACGAGGACAUCGAGCGCGACGCUGCGAAGGCCGCCGCUGCUGAGGAGAAGGCCAGCAAGGCCGCCGCCGCCAUGCUGGACACUCUCACGGAGCAGAAGACGGACCUCAACCAGGAGACCCUGCAGCUGACCCAGGCGCAGGGCCGGAAAACGGACGACAUCCAGACCAACACGGAGUCGCGUAGACUGAAGAAGCAGGAGCUCGGCGGUCUGCUUUCCGCGAUCUCCCUGAAGGAGCCGGGCUGCAACUACUUCACGGUCAACUUCCUCGUGAGGGCGAAGAAUCGCCAGAUCGAGACGGACGGCCUCCAGAAGGCGAAAGCUAUCCUGCAGGGCGCCAAGUUCGACGCCAAGAACCCGGACAGGGAGAUCGUGCCCGGCGAUUCGCUGCUGCAGGGGGUGCGCAGGCACUGA